AAAAUUUACAAUUACAUAUACAUUUUCAUUGCAGUAUUCAUUUCGUUUCUAAUAGGCCAAAUUAAAAUUGAAAGAAAAGAUGGCUUUGCAUUCGGCUAUUAGAGGAAAAUUGAUUUCUGUGAUCGGUGAUGAGGACACCUGUGUGGGAUUCUUGCUUGGAGGAGUGGGAGAGAUAAACAAAAAUCGUCAUCCCAAUUUUAUGGUUGUCGACAAAAAUACUGCAGUAAGUGAGAUUGAGGAUUGCUUCAAGCGUUUCUUGAAACGCGAUGACAUUGACAUCAUCCUUAUCAAUCAGAAUUGCGCUGAGCUUAUUCGUCACGUGAUUGAUGCACACACAUCACCUGUGCCAGCUGUUUUGGAAAUCCCCUCAAAAGAUCAUCCCUAUGAUGCCAGCAAGGAUUCUAUAUUGAGACGUGCCAGAGGUAUGUUCAAUCCCGAGGAUUUGGUGCGUUAAGAUGUCUACUAGCCCACAAAACUGCAACAAAACCUUCGCCGUCGUAUUAUAUGAUUUCUGUGGGAAAACAAGAGAGCCUUUCGUUUGAUACUAGUAUAAUUAUAAUUUUGUAAUAUUUUUAGCGGGCGGUGACAUGUUAAGUGCUAUUUAUAUUUUAUAAUUAAUUAGUCCCAAUGGUCAAGACCAACAGCAACUGGCAUUGUAUUCCACACACACUUUGUGAUGUUUUGGCCUGUAAUCAACGCACGCACCUGUAAUUCUAUUAGAUAAUACAUUUUCUCUUAUAGUAUGACGGAAAUGCUUUGAUUUUGAUCUUCCAUUCCAUUUAAUUUCGUCUGUUCAUAUUUGGUAGGUUUCUUUCAAUCGCUCAAAAGGCAAGCCAUCGAAAAUUGAUAAACUCAAACACCUACUUAAUAACUAGAUGUUUAUUGUUGGUUGUUGUAUUCUCCGUUACAAAUAAAACUAAUAUACUGUAAUACAAAAUAUAAUUAGUUUAUAACAAUA